AUGGAAAAGUUUCAAGAGUUUGGUGAUGAACAUGUGGCUAUUGUAUUUAUGGUGGCCUGGGCACUUUGGGAAGCUAGAAACUUGUUAUUAUUUCAAAACCAAAGGCUUUCUGUUUUGCAGGUCUCACGAUUAGCUAUUUCAACUCUUAAUGAAUUCCUCGGCUAUCGAGUGGAAGCUGAUAAUGUGUCUCCUAACUGCCCACAACCAAACAACUCGCCUCUUGAAUCUUUUCAGCGGUGGAAAGCACCGUCAGGCCAUGUGAUAAAAAUCAACGGUGAUGCCUCUGUCCAGGUUGGAGCUUAUUGUGGACUAGGGUUCAUUGCUAGGAAUUAUAAAGGCGAGGUAAUGGCCGCUGGCUUUCGCAGAUUGAAUGUUUCACUUAGUCCUGAGAAUGCUGAAGCGGAAGCAAUGACUUUUGCCCUCAACAAGGCAUUAGAACUGGGGUUCACAGAAGUUAUCUGUGAAUUUGACUGCCUUGGGUUGUCAACAUGGAGUUGUAACACAAUAGCUCACUCUUUAGCUAAACGUGCUCUUUCUGCAUCAUUAGAAGAGCAAAUAUGGAUUGAAGAAUUACCUCAUCCGUUCGAUAUAAGGGCUGAUUUUGCCCCCUCUUUCUAG